CAACCAUGGGCCGAUAGCGAUAGGGCACACCGGCAAUAAGUUCACAACCCCAUGCUGUUGCUUUAUCGUUCCCGCACCAUUUCCUCUAGUGUCGCUCCCGGUCUCCGACAAGAGCGGGCGUUGGCUAAGCUUCGCCAUUGAAAGCUUGCGGCACUCCACACUUUCCACAUUCAGGCACAAAGCGCGGCGAUCAUGCACACUAGCCCCAGGGUGCAUGUGCUCCAGCCGUACUCUUUAUGACGUUUGGCAUGGAAGUCCGCGCUCAAGGCCAGGGACUCACGCGCUCUAGACGCCGGCGUCAUCCUCUUAAGAUCUGUACUCAUGCUCUGCUGUCGCAUGCACACCUUCCGUCUCUGAACCAUGCGUGCCCGUGAGAGAAGCACCGCCGACGAGCUUCAGCUCGCAGCCCUGGGCCACAAGGGCGAGCUCCAACGGAACUUUUCUUUCCUGUCCAUGCUUGGGCUUGCUUUCGCCAUUUUGAACUCAUGGACCGCCCUUUCCGCCUCACUAUCUCUUGCCCUUCCAAGCGGCGGUUCGACCAGUGUCAUAUGGGGACUCAUCACAGCAGGCAUAUGUAACUUAUGCCUAGCGGCAUCGCUUGCCGAGUUCCUCUCUGCUUAUCCAACAGCUGGUGGACAGUACCACUGGGUUGCCGUCAUCUCUUGGAAGAGCUAUGUACCUCUCCUAUCAUGGAUCACAGGUUGGAUCAACGUUAGUGGUUGGAUUGCCCUAGUCGCCUCCGGAGGAUUGCUCGGAUCCCAGAUCAUCAUUGGCAUCAUCUCAAUGUAUUCUCCUGCCUACGAGCCGGAGCGCUGGCAUCAGUUCCUCAUCUACAUCGGCUAUACUUUGGCUGCCUUCUUGAUCAAUGCCUUCAUGAACGACCUCCUGCCUUACGUCAACAAGGGGGCAAUCACUUGGUCUAUACUCGGCUUUGUAGUCAUUUCCAUCACCGUUCUGGCCUGCGCGUCUCCCAACUAUGCAUCCGGCGACUAUGUGUUCCGGCAGUUCGUCAAUGAAACAGGUUGGCCUGACGGUAUUGCUUGGUUACUUGGGCUGCUGCAAGGUGGACUCGGACUGACCGGAUACGAUGCCGUUGCACAUAUGAUCGAGGAAAUUCCCAAUGCUUCCGUCGAAGGACCGAAAAUCAUGAUCUAUUGCGUGGCCAUUGGGACAUUUACCGGCUUCAUCUUCUUAACUUGCUUGCUGUUCGUUUCUGGCGGCAACACAGAAGAAAUCGUUGCAUCUCCCCUUGGGCCCCUUCUCUACAUCAUACACAACGCCACCCAGAGCCAGGCAGGCUCCGUAUGCCUCCUCAUGUUUCCCUUGGUCUGCCUCCUGUUCGCUACAACAGCGAUCAUGACUACAUCGUCGCGUAUGGCCUACGCUUUUGCACGCGACGGCGGACUGCCGUUCUCGCCCUUCUUCGCAAAGGUGCACAAGCGACUGGGCCUACCACUCAACUCGCUGAUCUUGACCACUGUGUUGACGGUCAUCUUUGGAUGCAUUUUCUUGGGCUCAAGCAGCGCCUUCAAUGCAAUCAUCUCCGCGUCCGUGGUUGCGCUUGGUGUCAGCUACGCCAUACCCGUGGCCAUCAACUGUCUGAGAGGAAGGAAAAUGCUUCCACCAAGAGCAUUCACACUUCCAAAUUGGUUCGCAUGGCCCGCAAACUUGCUCGGUGUAGCUUAUGUUAUUGUCACAACCAUUCUCUUUGUAUUCCCGCCGGAGUUGCCCGUGACAGGCAACAACAUGAACUACUGCAUUGUUGCAUUCGCCGUCAUCAUUAUUAUCAGCACUAUCCAGUGGUUCGUUGACGGGCGGAAGAACUUCACCGGACCGAGAACUGACAUGGGGAUCGAAACGCUCGAAGCAGUGCAAUCAAAAAAGCAAGAUGAUGUGCACAGUGCCGCCGAUAACAAAAAGUACGAUGGAGAGCCGACAGUAUAGUCAGCUGGCGCGACACCCGAUGCCCGUGGGCUCCCAAGCCUUCGUACGAACGGCGCUUUUUACUUUAGGUAUUCAAGCCAAACAUAUCGCCAUAGCAAAUCCUUUGGCACGUUGACUCCUUAAGCGUCUCCACUGAACGACGAUUUUAGCAAUUCGUGACGUCAAGGCUUGAUAGCCUGCUUGCAACACUCCGUAACGCGACUUUUCUGAUGAAGCUGGACUUCGCUCCCGUUUGGGUAAUCUGGAAGCCGUAAACAAGCACCACCCCUCGCAACACUCCACAA